AAAUUACUAGGUGACAUAAAUUGAAUAAGUGCAUACAGCAGUAACGGAAAUAGUGGCACUACUCAGAUGCAGAGAGAGAAAUAAACCUGAUACGAAGCAUCAAGCGAAAGAUCUUAAAAAUCACUGGAACAGUCCCGGCUAAUAGAAAGGGCGCGAUGAACCUGAGAUUACUACAGAAUGGAUUUUUUACGACGUGUCUUUUAUUGCUGAGUGUAGGUUCAAGUCUAGGAGGGACGGGCAGAAUCUCCGGACUAAAAGAUUACAAAGACCAUGAAUGCAUUAGAGAGUGUAACGGAACAGUGCGCACGUGCGAGUAUGACUUCACGGUUGAGUGGUACCACGUGCUUACCAAGGCUUGUUAUAACUGUCCGUUCAACGCCACAGAUUGCGCCCGACCUCAUUGUGUGGCGGCAGAUGGCGCUGAGAAAGCUGUAUUGACAAUCAAUAGAAUGAUCCCCUCGCCAUCAAUAAUUGUAUGUAGGGGCGACACCAUCGUAGCUAAUUUGCAUAAUAAGAUAUCCAAUGGGGAAGGGACGUCUAUACACUGGCAUGGUCAGCAUCAAGAGAAUACACCACACAUGGACGGCGUUUCUAUGUUAACACAAUGCCCUAUACCACCACACACAUCAUUCCAAUACAAGUUUAAGGCUGAUUAUAGAGGGACACAUUUCUACCACGGACAUUCAGGGUUGCAACGUGCUGAUGGCAUAUUUGGCCCAUUAAUCGUACGUGAAGAAAACGCUAGUGACGCACAUAGUGGUAACUAUGACUACGACUUACCGGAACACGUUGUUAUGGUUACCGAUUGGCUAGUUGAGAUGACGGUGAACAGAUUUACUGCACAUCACAAUGACGACGGAGACAAUAAACCAAAAUCUAUGCUUAUAAACGGCAAAGGGGCUUGGAAGUUGCACACCGACGCCGAAACUGGUGAAGAAGCAUACACUCCCAAAGAGGUGUUCACUAUUGCAAAGGGCAAGCGAUACAGGUUUAGAAUGAUCAACAACGGCAUCCUUAACUGUCCAAUACAGGUAUCAGUCGACGGACAUAACCUCACUAUGAUAGCAACUGAUGGUAGUCCAUUUGAACCUGUUGAGGUUGAGAAUUUCAUCAUAUUUGCUGGUGAAAGGUAUGACUUCGUCCUCAAUGCAAACCAGAACGUCAGCAACUACUGGAUGAAAUUGAAAGGGCUUGCUGAUUGUUCACCAAGUUGGGCCCAGGCUCACCAGACCGCCAUUAUCCGCUAUGAAGGUGCCGCUAAUGAGAAUCCUCCGGGGCCAACGGGGUACGAGGACACUGGCAGGGAAGGCAAGCAACUUAACCCUUUGAACACCAAAAAGUCAGACAUGCACAUUCCAGUGUCAGAGCUUAUGUCUUUGGAUCCCGAUGACGAAAGAAUCAGUGGCACCCCGGACCAUCAGCUUCACCUUGCUAUGGACUUCAACAAAGUUGACAACGAGUAUUUUCACAACCCUACAUAUUACCCCAUAUAUCAGAUCUCCAGGAAGAAACACUUGUACAGUCCUCAGAUGAAUGGAAUUACUAUGGUUAUACCAUCAUCCCCUCCUCUUACACAACCUGAAGACAUUACUGAGGAUACAUUCUGCAACGAGACAUCUUUACACGGGGAAUGUCGAGAAAAGUUCUGCGAAUGCACCCACGUGCUGCGUGUCGGCUUGGACAGCCUUGUUGAAAUUGUGUUUGUUGAUCAAGGAUUUACGUUCAAUGCUAACCACCCCAUGCAUCUCCAUGGCUACGCUUUCCAUGUCGUCGGCCUGAGAAGGGUGAAUGCAAGUGGCUUUCAUAUCGACACGUUCAAAGAGAUGGACGCCCGUGGAGAGAUCGAGAGACGAUUCACCAAUGUGGUUAGGAAGGAUUCCGUGACAGUACCGGAUGGCGGGUAUACUAUCAUAAGAUUCGUAGCAAGGAACCCAGGAUAUUGGUUCCUUCACUGCCAUAUAGUGUUCCAUGCUGAGAUUGGUAUGGGGGUAGUUUUGCACGUGGGUGAGCCAGAUGAUCUGCCUGACAUUCCAUCAACACUUCCCAAAUGUGGCAACUGGAAUCCGGACAUGAAAAAGGAAGAGAUGGAACACACAACUGAACCAGGCACAGUGCCAACGUGUCCCUCGCUGAAAGAUACAUCCGAAGCAGCUUUGAGGGUUGCCCCAGCGUUCAGUGCAAUCUGUCUUGUCGUAAUAAUAACAAUUGCGUCCAUUAAUUAACUCUGAAUGAUCUGAUCGCAUACUUAUAACCAUUCCUAGCUCAGAGAAGAGACUAUUAAUCCCGGGGAGUCAAUACUGAUCGAAUGCACCGAACGAAAUGUUGAAACUCGAAAGUGUGAUCUGUUAACUGAGGAACGGAAAAUUCAUCACUUCCCAUUCUGAGGACAAGUACUCUAAAGGAAAAAGUUGGAUAUCAUGUAUUUUAGUAAAAAUCUCACAUUUAUUUUUUGUUGAAUUUUAAGCAGACUGUAUAAGAGAGUGAACAGUAAUCAUGUGUAUACUAUGUAUAUAUUUUUUAUAAGUUCAGCUUUUUAUUUUCAUAUUGAAUUCAUACAAAUAACAAUACAAUAUUACGUAAUUGAGUACUGUGAUACAUGUACUACGCAAAAAGGUUGCGCACGUGUGUUUUUACAUAUAUUUUAUCAAGAGAUGAGCCAGUUACAGUGUAUGUAUAGUUUAGUUUUAGUUUUAAAAUAGUUUAUUUUUGUGUCACUGAUAUUACAAUAUACAUGUAAAAUACAUAAUAAAAAC